UCUGGUUCGACAAUAUUAUUAUAUCGCGUCUUCUCCUUCAUAUACGAAGUAAUAAGGUUCCCCAACCUUCGCGUUGCUUUACUCAUACAUAAUUCGAAGGAGCGGGAUUUACCAUGGUCAAACCAACGAAAACACCCAAAGGUCAACCGGCGCGCAAGCACAAGAAGCGGCGUCUCUCCGACAAAGCCCACUUCGCUCGUCUCAUGAAGGAAGCAACGGAUGUUGCCCCUGAAGAAGUUACCUCUACAUCAUCCUCGUCUGCCGCAUCUACUUCAACCGCCCCAACUGCUCCCGCCCCCAACUACUCUAAUAUCCUCCUCAUUGAGAAAUUCCAGGAUGCCCUCGACACACGGACCGCUGUAUGCCGCCGCCUCGAGGUCCUCGUGCGGAGUUCAACUUUGUAUACUCCCUCAGCACAAGCUCGCUUGAUCAAGUGCUUACGAGACGACUACAUCCGGGGGGACAGAACGAGGAAAGUCAUUGACAAUCUGCGACAUUCCGAUUUCAUCAGUGCUGCAACCACAAGUCAGGAGGCAGAGUUUAUCACGAAAGAGGUUGUAGAGAGCACGAGACUGUUUUUUGAGGGAAGUAAGGAAUUGCAGGAAAUAGGUGAUCAAAUUGCAGCACAGUUUUCGUAGUAGAUUUCCGUCUCAAGCGCUACGUCCUUGGGUUUGUGCGCUAUCUUUCUUAGCAGCUGACGCGUUCUGUAUGUUUCAUGCUCGUUU